ACCUUCUCUGCUACAUUGUUAAACCCUAACCAAAACUCAUUCCCCAGUUCCCAGUUCUCACUCAAUCAGUCUUCGAAUUUGUUUAAAAAAAAAUGCAAUCUCCGCUUAAAAAAUGAAGCUAAUCUCUGCAACUCUAAGUUUCUUAACCAAAAUGCUUGUAUCUCUCCGCAAUCUCUUACACAUCAACCGCAGAAUCCCUGCCAGAGUAAGCCACCCUUUUCUUCUCUUUCAAAACCCUCAUCUCCUCAGUUUUUCUCCACCCUCCAAUAACUCUAUUGUUUUCUGCCCUUUUGUUUUGUUCACUAGUUUUUGUUUUGUGAUCAAGUUCCCAUUUGGGACUAAGUCUAAUUGUAAUACAAACAUUUUUUUAGAUGAUUUCAGUAGGGAAUCAUUGUGUAAAAUCAUUCGACAGGACCAAUGGAACGACCCAAAGAUUGUCAGUUUAUUUGGUUCAAGCUUGGCACCCAUUUGGGUGUCUAAGAUUUUGGUUGGUUUGAAACAGGAACCUCAUUUGGCAUUGAAAUUCUUCAAAUUGGCGAAAACCCAGAAAGGGUUUAGCCCUACAAGUGAAUCUUAUUGUAGAUUAGUACACAUUUUGUUUUAUGGUAGAAUGUAUUUUGAUGCUACUGCUGUUCUUAAGGAAUUCGUUUUGUCAAGGCGUGGGGUAGUGUUUCCAGGUUGCGAUUUUUUUGAUGUUCUUUGGUCUACUAGGAAUGUUUGUCCGUAUGGUUUUGGGGUGUUUGAUGCUUUGUUUAGUGUGUUGGUGGAUUUGGGAUUACUUGAGGAGGCUAGCCGAUGUUUUACGAAAAUGAAAAGGUUUAGAGUUUUGCCUAAAGUUCGUUCUUGCAAUGCUUUUUUACAUAGGAUUUGUAAGUCGGGGAGAAGGGACCAAUCUCGGAGAUUUUUGGAGGAAAUGGUUGGGGCUGGCAUCGCCCCGUCAGUUUACACUUAUAAUAUAGUGAUAGAUUGUAUGUGCAAAGAAGGGGACUUGGAGACUGCAAGAAUGUUAUUUAGACAAAUGAAAGAGAUUGGCCUAACACCGGAUGUUGUCACAUAUAACUCCCUACUUGAUGGAUAUGGAAAGGUAGGAUUUUUGGAUGAAGUCCUUUUCUAUUUUGAAGAGAUGAAGAACGUAGGGUGUGAGCCUGAUGUAAUUACAUACAAUGCCUUGAUAAACUGCUUUUGUAAAUUUCAGAUGAUGCCUCGUGCUUUUGAGUUUUUUCGUGAAAUGAGGAAUAAGGGGUUGAAACCAAAUGUUGUUACUUAUAGCACAUUUAUUGAUGCAUUUUGCAAGGAAGGGAUGAUGCAGCAAGGGAUUAAAUUCUUAGUUGAUAUGAGGCGGCUUGGUCUUUUACCCAAUGAGUACACGUAUACUUCUUUAAUCGAUGCUAAUUGUAAAGCUGGUAACCUAACUGAAGCAUUGAAGCUGGCUAAUGAGAUGUUGCAGGCAAAUAUUGCCUUGAACAUUGUUACAUAUACAACUAUAAUCGAUGGCCUUUGUGAAGCAGGGCGAACGAAGGAAGCAGAGGAAGUUUUUAGGGCAAUGCUGAAAGCUGGUUUAACUCCUAAUGUGCAAACUUAUACUGCCCUUACUCAUGGCUAUAUGAAAGUUAAGAAGAUGGAGCAUGCAUUGAAUCUUUUGAAAGAAAUGAAGGAGAAAAGCAUUAAACCAGACCUUUUGUUGCAUGGAACUAUCAUCUGGGGACUAUGCAACGAUGAUAAAAUAGAAGAAACUAAAUUUGUCACUGAUGAAAUGAAGGCAUCUGGACUGAGUCUGAAUCCAGUCAUAUAUACUACAAUCAUGGAUUCUUAUUUUAAGGCGGGGAAAACCAUUGGGGCACUGAAUCUGCUAGAAGAAAUGUGGGACCUGGGAAUUGAAGUUACAGUUGUGACUUUUUGUGUUUUGGUUGAUGGUUUGUGCAAAAAUGGAUUGGUUCUAGAGGCAAUUAAUUAUUUCAAUAGAAUGCCAGAUUUCAAUUUACAACCUAAUGUUGCAGUUUAUACAGUAUUGAUUGAUGGCCUCUGUAAAAAUAAUUUCAUUGAAGCAGCCAAAAGCAUGUAUGAUGAAAUGCUAAGUAAAAAUUUGGUUCUGGAUACAACUGCUUACACUGCUUUAAUAGAUGGAAAUCUGAAGCACGGGAAUUUUAAGGAAGCUUUGAAUCUGCGGGACAGAAUGAUUGAAAUGGGCAUGGAGCUUGAUUUGUCGGCUUACACUUCCCUGGUUUCAGGGUUUUGCCGAUGUGGCCAGUUAGAGAAAGCAAGAGAAUUUCUGGAUGAGAUGAUAAGCAAGCGUAUUCUCCCUGAUGAAAUUCUUUGCAUUGGUGUAUUAAGGAAGUACUAUGAGCUCGGACAUGUUACUGAAGCCAUUGAGUUGCAAAAUAAAAUGGCUAAGAUGGGUUUAAUUACUAGUCCUGUCCAUCUUGCUGUUCCGAGUGUACAAACUUAAAGUCUAAUUGUUUGGUCCUCUUGUUCAAGCUGUGUACAAAACAUGAACUGGAGGACUGGGGUGUACCAUAAAAUAGAAUAAGAAACUGUGGGCAAUCCUGGUCGUGAGAAUGCAAACAUGUUUGAGCAGAAUCGUUGAUAACAAAUCCUUACUGUGUCGUUUCUUAGUGAUGCAAAACUGUGGGCAGAAGAUGUUUUGUUUUGGAGCCAAAUAAGCUUUUGGUGCACUGUGCAUAGAUCGUAUGUUCCAUCCCUUGAUGCUGACUGGUAAAGCAAAGCUGCAUUCCUCAGUCCGCAUACUUGUACUCUUGACUGUCGGUGCAGAUAAAAAGGUUUACAGCAGAUGAUACUGUUCUCUUCAGAGAUCAAAUGGAGAUUGGAAUUUGAUUUCUGGGACUACAAUGUCAAACUCUAUGGAGGAGAAUGUUAAAUGUCUUCUCCAGUUGUGGGUUUGAUGGGUAUAAGACUAAUGCAUAUUGUGUUGGAGGCAGUAGAUCUGGGUGAUGCUAUAAGCAUGACAAGGUUUGUGUGCAUCAGAGACAACAGCGAUAGCGAAGCAACAGUGGUUUGUUUUCUGGGCCCUUCUGCACCUCAUUGAGAUCAGGUAGGCGUUGGAGUUUGAAUUAUUGAACGAGCCAAUGAAGGUCAGGGAUCUCUGUAUGGAAUCGGAAGAAACAUUAUCUGUUUGGGAAGCUGGGACAGUGUUAAUCUAUUAUGCCUGAUUGAUCUGCAGUUGUAGUAGGCUUGACGAGUAUAAAACAGACAUAUAUCGUGUUGGCAUUGGCAUAUGUCCAGCAUGGAAAGCUCCGGGUAAAUGCCAGGAUUAUGUGCAUCGAGUGAUAUCGAAGCAUAAAGCCGGACAGGCAACGAGGUUGGAUUUAUGGGGCUUACUUCUAUGAUCCUUUGAGGAGUCGGACAAUGAACGGGUAAAUUAUAAAAAUAAUUACUUUUGUUUACUUUAGAUUACAUUUUAGUUGCUUAUGUUUGAAAUGUUACGUUUUAGUCGCUGACGUUAUCGUUUUGUUAUAAAGUGGUUACUCUAUCAUUAAACUUCAUUACUUCCUUAACAGCAGUUCUACGUUGCAGUCUAAAUGAGUUUUAAAUGCCAACUUGGAUGUUCAAUUGUUGGUAUAAAAAUAAGUUUUUAAUUAAAUAAAUUUUAUUUGGACUGCCAUGUAGGACAUUCAAAUUGGUAUUUAAAACCCAUUUGAACUGUCGUGUAGGAUUGCCGUUACGUAGGUAACGAAGUUUAAUGGUAGUGUGACCACUUCGUAACAAAACGAUAAUGCAAGUGACUAAAACGUAGUAUUUCAAACGUAAGUAACUAAAACAUAAUAUUUUAAACAUAAGUGACUAAAAUGUAAUCUGAGUCAAACAAAAGUGAUUAUUUUUAUAGUUUACCCGACAAUGAACAUGCUCGACCACCUAACUUAUUACAGAAGUCUGAAAUAGUUUGCAGAAUUAUGAAUCAUUCAUGUAAAAACUAGUUUUAAAGUUGCAAGUAUUUCAGUGAUUCGGAGCUUUAGUUUUCGAACAUAAUAAUACUCUUUUUAGUACA